GCAGGCAAGAUGGUGACCCUGGAAUUCCCGAAGGGCUUCCUCUGGGGCAGCGCCACGGCGGCUUACCAGAUUGAGGGAGCCGCCUUCGAGGGCGGGCGCACAGCUUGCAUCUGGGACACGUUCUGUGCCACAGAGGGCAAGGUCAAGAACGGGGACAACGGCACCACCGCCUGCGAUCACUACCAUCGCUUCAAGGAGGAUGUCAAGUUGAUGAAGGAGCUGAAUCUUCCAGCCUACCGCUUCUCCAUCUCCUGGUCACGACUUCUGCCGAAGGGGCGAGGAGAACCGAACCCAGAGGCCAUAAAGUUCUACGGAAGCCUGCUGGAUGAGCUGCUGGCCAACGGCAUCAAGCCCUUGGCCACGAUCUACCACUGGGACCUGCCCCAGUGCCUGGAGGAUGAGUAUGGGGGCUGGCUCAGCCGCAAGGUCGUCGACGACUUCGAGCACUAUUCGGUCACCUGCUUCAAGCUCUUCGGCGACCGGAUCAAGUCUUGGAUCACUUUUAAUGAGCCCUGGUGCUCCACUGUACUGGGUUACGCCAACGGCGAGAUGGCCCCGGGCAAGAAGGAGAAGCCAGAGACGGAGCCUUACAUCGCGGCGCAUCACAUCAUCCUAAGCCACGCUCGCGCGGUCAAGAGAUACCGCGAUGAGUUCAAGGCUAGGCAGAAGGGAGACAUCGGCAUCACCCUCAACAUGGACUGGAGGCAACCUCUGACGGAAGAUGAGGGCGACAAGGCGGCCGCACAGCGGGCCCUGGAUUGGCAGCUGGGCUGGUUUGCUGAUCCCAUCUGGAAGGGCGACUAUCCAGAGAGCAUGCGGAAGCGCUGUGGUGACCGGCUCCCCAGCUUCUCGGAGGAGGAGAAGGCACUGAUCAAGGGUACCUCAGAGUUUUUCGGGCUGAAUCACUACUCCACGGCUUAUGUGGCAGCGCCGAAGGGGCAGGCGAAAACUCUGUCGAUGUGGGGCAACGUCCAAGCCGGAGGGUACUUCGACGACCAGGAAGUCGAGCUGAUCGAUGACCCAAGGUGGGGCCGGUCUGAUAUGGACUGGGGGGUGGUGCCCUGGGGCCUCAAACACAUGUGCGAGUACAUCCAGAAGGAGUACCAGCCCCAAGGAGGCAUCCUGGUGACUGAGAAUGGGUGCGCAUGCCCAGACGACGACGUCGAAGACGCGAAGUAUGACAGCUUCCGCGUGGAUUUCUACCAAGGAUACAUCGCCCAGAUGCACAAGGCGAUCGAAGCCGGUGCAGACGUGCGGGGAUACUUCGCUUGGUCGCUCAUGGAUAACUUCGAGUGGGCACUUGGGUACUCUAAGCGUUUCGGGAUGGUCCACAUUGACUACGAAACGCAGAAGAGGACUCCCAAGCAGUCCGCACUGGUGAUCUCGGAGAUCGCCAAGUCGAACAAGCUGAUGCUGUCGACCUCGGAGCUCGAGGAAUCUGAUUUCGUGAUGAUUGAAGAGGGAGCAGGUCGGAAGACCACCAAGGAUGCUCCGCCCGGCCAGAAGUAA